GCCCAACUCCGUGUGGUUUCUUAUGUGAGACCGGCUGCCCUCUUUUUUUUUUCCAGCCGCCUCUCCUUUCCCAUCCGUAACGCCGACAAGCUAGCUAGCGACUCGACAAUAUGUCGGCACCUGAAGCCGUUGAUAGCGGCGUCGUGGACUACGUUGUCAAGGUCGCUUACAAUGGCACCGGUGCUACCGGCGGGGAUUCGUUAUAUAAUAACCUGAACAUAUGGUACGAGACCGGCGACAUUGCCUGGAUGAUCACGGCAACGGCGCUCGUGCUUCUUAUGAUACCUGGGGUUGGCUUCUUCUACUCCGGCCUUGCCCGGCGCAAAUCAGCGCUAUCGUUGAUAUGGCUCUCCGUCAUGGCGACCGGCGUCACGACGUUUCAAUGGUUUUUCUGGGGCUACUCCUUAACCUUCUCUCACACGGCUUCUUCCUUCAUAGGUGACCUGUCCAACAUCGGUUUCAAAGAUGUACUGGCUCGGCCAUCCGUUGGCUCCCCCAGAAUCCCCGACCUGCUCUUCGCCGUGUAUCAGGGCAUGUUCGCGGCUAUCACCGUAGCUCUCGCGACGGGAGCCGUUGCCGAGAGAGGCCGGAUCCUACCCUGCGUCGUAUUCAUGUUUAUCUGGUCCACCAUUAUAUACGACCCGAUCGCUUGCUGGACGUGGAAUCCGGCCGGGUGGUCUAAUAAGAUGGGAGGUCUCGACUUCGCCGGCGGCACCCCAGUCCAUAUCGCCUCGGGAACCGCGGCCCUUGCGUAUUCGAUGAUGCUUGGGAAACGACGAGGCCACGGCACCCACGAACUGAACUACCGACCCCAUAACGUCACACACAUCGUUAUCGGGACCGUCUUCCUAUGGGUUGGGUGGUUCGGCUUCAACGCCGGUAGCGCGCUCUCGGCAAACCUGCGCGCCGUGAUGGCCGCCGUCGUCACGAAUCUGGCGGCUUGCGUCGGAGGGAUUACGUGGUGUGUACUUGACUACAGGCUAGAGGGAAAGUGGUCGACGGUUGGUUUCUGCUCAGGCGUCGUGGCAGGUCUCGUAGCCAUCACCCCGGGAUCAGGCUAUGUUCCGGUUUGGGCCGCGGUGAUUUACGGAGUCGUCGGCGCCGCCUGUUCAAACUACGCCACCAAGCUCAAGUUCUUCCUGCGGAUCGACGACGCCUUGGACAUAUUUGCGGUGCACGGCGUCGGUGGCUUCGUCGGCAACAUCUGUACCGGAUUAUUCGCCGCUGACUACAUCGCGCGUCUCGACGGCUCUCAGCAGAUCCAAGGCGGCUGGGUGAACCAACACUGGAUUCAGCUCGCUUAUCAACUGGCCGACUCCCUCUGUGGCGGGUGCUAUUCUUUCGUAGGGACGUGCAUCAUCUGCUUCAUCCUGAACUUGAUCCCCGGCAUGCAAUUGCGAGCGACGGAAGACGCCGAGAUCCUUGGCAUCGACGACGCAGAGAUCGGCGAAUUCGCGUACGACUACGUCGAACUCACAAGAGAGGUCCUGAACGACAUCGAGGUAGACGCCACUAGUCGAUAUUCGGCCGACGCCGGGAAUUCCUACGACCCCCGAGAAAAGAACAGCAUUCCCCUCGUAGAUCCUCGGUUAUAUCCCGGCCCCUCUUCUCAAUCACCCAGCCAGUAGAGACAUGGCCGGCGGCU